AUGCGCACUCCUUGGCCCUUUCACACUUGGGGGCUUGACUUGAUUGUGACUAUUCAUUCAUCGUCCGAUGGCUAUAUAUGGAUCCUCACAGCCACUGAGUAUUUCACAAAGUGGGUUGAGGCGGUUCCCCUACGAAAAGCCACGGGGGCUGCCAUCGCAAAUUUCAUCCGGGAAUACAUCGUGUGCAGAUUUGGGAUCCUGUAUAAGAUUGUCACCAAUAAUGGCACCCCGUUUGUCAAUAAGCAAGUAAGCUCUACGCUUAGUGGCUAUGGUCAAGCGGAGGCCACAAACAAGACUCUAUUGAGAAUCCUAAGCAAAAUGGUCCAUGAGUAUGAAGAAGGUUGGAGUGUCCAUUUGCCGGAUGCUUUAUGGGCUUACCACAUCUCUCCGAGAAGUGCCACAGGUUUCUUGCCUUAUUCACUUGUGUAUGGGUCCGAUGCCAUUUCACCGGUAGAGAUUACUAUUCCCACUGCCAGAGUAUCAGCCGUUAACGACCUUGAAUGGGGUACAAAGUCAUGCUCGGAUUGGCGCCUGCUAGAUCUCGAAGCUUUGGAUGAAAAAAGAAUGGAAGCCAAAAGAAGAACGACACUAUACCACAAAGCUGUAGCGCAAGCCUAUAACAGGACAGUCAGGCCCCGAGCCUUCAAGCAAGGAGACCUCGUGCUAAAAGUCAUGGAGCAUGUGAGAAGACAAGUGUCGGGACGUUCCAAAUUUGCUCCGCAAUGGGAAGGCCCGUUUGCAGUCAAAAGAAGUCCACAACAGCGGCUAUUAUCGCUUGGUCUCUGUCAAAGAAGGCACGCUGACGGAUCCCAUCAACGGGAAAUGGCUCAAGUCUUACUACUGCUAAGUUAA